AUGGGUUCAGGAUAUUCCUCCAGACCAGAUCAAACCCCGUUUAAGUUAGGGGAGUACAUCGUCUUGGACGUACUUGGGGAAGGGGCUUUUGGUACAGUCACUAGAUGCUUUCACCCUCAGACUUUAGAGGUCGUGGCAGUUAAAACCCUGAAGAACGCCAGUAGCAGUCUCGAAGAAGAAGUUGAGAUCUUGGAGGAGUUGCGCCUCUUACAACCAGACAAGUACAAUAUUGUCAGGUUCAUUGAAUACUUUGCAGAACAGGACUCCGAAUGCAUGGUAUUUGAAACAUUAGACAGGAGCCUGUUCGACUUUAUGGACAUGAGAGAAGAUGUAUUGUCUUUGUGUGAGCUCCGUCCAGUGGCACAGCAGCUCCUGGUGGCCUUUGACGGUCUCAAGACGGCUGGGAUCAUUCAUGCAGACCUAAAGCCAGACAACAUCAUGCUGGUGAACCACAACAUGAUGGACUUCAUGGACAUAGGGCAGCCUUUUCCAUACCAAGCUCCAGAGAUCACUCUAGGCUGCAAAGUCACUGAGGCUGUGGACAUGUGGUCUCUAGGCUGCACUCUGGCAGAGUGUUUCACAGGAUACUGUCUUUUCAGUGAACACUCAGAAUACGACAAUCUCAGGACCAUCGUCGAACUGGUAGGACUUCCAAGCGAAAAAGUGCUCCAAAAAGCACAUCUGUCUUUAGAUUACUUUGUAAGCCCUUCAGGUGACUUCACACAGUGGAGACUUAAAACCUUAGAUGAGUACUAUGGCAGUGAGAGAGAAGACAUGCCCAACGUCUCAGAGUGUCUAGCUGAAAAAUUCAGCUCUUUAGACAGUGUUUUUCAGGGGUCUCAUACAAGAACGGGAGACCCAGAGCACAGAGACAGAUUGGCCUUUGCUGAUUUCAUAAAGAGACUUCUGGACCUGGACCAUGAGAUGAGAAUCACUCCCAAGGAGGGCACUCCAUCACCCUUUGUGACGAUGGAACAUCUGAUCGGUGAUGACAGUGAAUACAGUGAGAACGCUCGUGCCCUCAUGGCCUUAGCUCUUAAAGGGUCCACCACUGUGUCUGAUUUGAGCCCUCCUGAACAGCCCAGUCCACACGUCCCAAAACAUGUACCAGAGCCGCUCCGAGAUGAGGAGGAAGCAAUAAGACCCACCCAAACACUGAGCAACAUAGACACACAAAGUGUUUCAACGAGGCUAAUUCUAGAGACUCAGAUGAACAACAAGGAGAACAUCCAGUCAGAGAAGUCUGAACACCGCAUCGACGUCACAGGCUUUGAAGAUCCUGAUCUGAUUAGGGAAGCGUCAAAUGCCAAAGAAGACAGGCCAGAUUACAUUGUCAUUGACAUUCCAGACGACAUUGUACCCCAGGACUCAGAUUUUGCCAGUUCUAGCCUGAGCAGCAUUGUCAUCGACAUUCCAGAAGACAUUGUACCCCAGGACUCAUAUUUUGCCUGUUCUAGCCUGAGCAGCUCCUGCUCCAUUUUGGGAUGUUUCAAGACAGUGGCAUUUGGUGGUUUUCUAGCAGGACAGACUGCUCUCAGUUAUGUGUCAUCAUUGCUGGAGCCGUUGUACUCCCCAUAA